CACCGUCCUCUCUUUAAAACCGGCAAGACUUGGCCCUCUUCUCAAUCGCCGCUAUCGACAUUCCCUCUGUGAUCUUUGCGUCUGCAAGAAAAGUGGAAACAAACCUUCGUGCUUUUCUCUCCUUCUCUCUCCGGUCUCCUUCUUUUAUUGAGAGCCCCAGCCCCCUGUCCCAGCACCAACCCCCGGGAGUGGAAACCAGAGGAGCAGCACCUCUCCCUACCUCCCUCCCUCCGCGGGAUGUCAUUAUUUUUGUCAACAACCGGCAAAACCCCAACUGGAAUCGUGCCCGCCGUCUCCUUCCCUUCCUAUUUCUAGCAAACACCUUCCCCUCAAAGCACCUCCAUACCCGGACCGUCACCAACAAGCUCUAUUGUUUCCCUGUAUGGAGAAAAACCCCGAGGACCCGGAGUUUUGGCUCCCUUCCGACUUCCUUUGCGACGAUUUCUUCCUCGAUGGAGGAGAGAAGAGCAACAGGGAGGCGGAAGCAGCUGGGAACGUCGAUUCCUGCUUUCCCGGCGAGAUCACGUUCGGAUUCGGCUCCGAUCCGGCCUCGCCGGUGGAGUCGGUGACCGGAACCGAGAGCGAUGAGGAGGACUACAUCGCCGGGCUGACUCAAAAGAUGACUCGUUCCUUUCUCCAGGACGAUGAGAAGGGGACCUCUACUCUCCCCCGUCACGGCAGCAAGAUACGUGUGACGGCCGGUUCUCCUCAGUCGACGCUGAGCCCGUGGUUGGCCUCCGGGAGGGGGAGUCCCAGCGGCCCUUCGCUGGUAUCGUCGCCGCCGUCGUCGCCGCUGGAGGAGCGCACGGACGAUCCGUGGGAUAUGCUAUACGAAGCCGCGGGACAGGUGAUGCGACUCCGGUUAAACGAGCAGAGCGUUUAUGGCCGCGGACUCUUGGGACCACCUAGGAUGCCUUCGCCGCCGAUUUGUGCCCCUUCCAAGAACACCAAUCCCAGCGUGAACGCUAACCCGGGUUAUCAUCGCACUCCAGUACUCACACCGCAGCAGCUGCAGGAGGUUCAGUUUUAUCAUUUGCAGAAGCAGCAAUUAAUGAAGCAGCAGCAUUCUGCCGACCGUUUGGUUUGGCAGCUCAGAGCGAAGGGGAGCAGCGGCGGCGGUGUUUAUGGCGGGGAUGGGCGGUGUGGCGGUCGACCUCUCGGUUUGCCGUCUUCCGCGUGGCCGCCUCUCCAGAAGCAGCAACAGCAGCAGCAGCAGCAGCCUGGUUCCGGGAUGCGAGCUGUUUUCCUCACCGGAUCUGGUGCCAGAAGGGAGUCCGCCGGCACCGGCGUGUUCUUGCCUCGGAGGGUCGGAACUCCAACCGUGUCCCGCAAGAAGCCUGGUUGUUCUACUGUGCUUCUUCCGGAUAGAGUGGUGCAGGCACUCAACUUGAACCGGGUAGAAUUGGGAGCCCAGCAACGCUACCCUGGUGGCUUUGUUCUCGAUCACGAUGCACCGGUUGGCCGGAGCAGCUCCGGGCUCUCCCAUCAGAAGCGGAACCACCUGCGUCCUCAGCCAGCGGCCGUUACAAGCCAAGACAUCCGCCUACCUCCGGAAUGGACUUAUUAGCCCCUCGCCACUGACCUCUUGUUUGUUACUGGUAGCAAGUUGUGUCGCUGUAGGUAUGAGUUAGUGAGUUGAGCUAAAUCAAAGGGAGAAAAAAAAAAUAAAAUAAAGAACCAGCAGUAGGUGUUGUUAUUAGUGGACCUAGAAUUAUAAUAUAUUGCAUUUUUGGAUGGCGGAAGUGCUGGAUGGGCGGAAGUGCAUGUUGUUUUGCUUCGGUGCCGGAAAUAGUGGGACAGGAGGGAAGAAUAAGUCCGCAGUGUUUUCCGCUGUUUUGCAGAAGGAAAUUCGCAAGUGGGCACUUAUCAAAUAAGUGAAUCAGUUCUUUGUUGUUUACUCUACAAACCCACCUAAUUCUCUCCUUUGCAGCCUCUUAAACUUGCAGAAAAACUGGGAAGCGUCUUGGGCUUGAGUAAUAAUAAUAAGCAAAGCGUGUAUCUGGUUGCCUUGGGUAUAUUUUCUCUUGUAAAUUUUUCGUAUGGCAAUGAUUUGUUAGGAGUUGGUAGGAAGAUAGGAUGACAAUGAUUUGUUGCAUGCUUUGUCAAACCUUCAUGUAUUAAGUAAAAGAAUGUGGUUUAAUAGUAUGCGCUGUGUCAGGUGUUUGUUUAAACCACUCUGCGCUGUGUUAUUUC